UUCACUGCCUGUGUAUUGCAUACUGUAGCAGUGUGUAAUGUGUACUUUAUCAAGCUUUUUUAAUUAUUAUAUUUUGCAUUUUCAGAAUAUAGUACUUCAAAAAGUGUUGAAUUAGAAUUGUUAAAUGUGUCCCUUCUUCUAAAAGCUUAUCCUUGAGAAAGACCCUCUUAAAAUGUGUCAGAUGGUUUGAGAGAGUAACCGGAAUAUCAGCCGGCUGUUCUGUUGAAUUGUGAAAAAAGCAGAUAUUGUAGCACUAAUUUAAAAGUCUACUAAUUAAUAACAAUAACCUCUGACUGGAAUAAUGCCUGCUAAUGGAAGCCCUUUUGUCACUUUCAUUAAUAAGAAUCAUUUAUUUGUCUUCAACAUCUUUCUACAGCUGUGUCACCAUGAACCUCUCAGAGCAUAUUUCGUCCCUCUUCAGCUGCAAUGUCAGCCCCAGCGAGCAGCCACAGCUCGAUAUCAGUGUCACCAAAAGGGAGCCGCUGACAAUUGCUGUCCCCAUGACCAUCUUUUACAGCAUCGUCUUCUUCUUGGGAGUGGUUUUCAAUGGUGUGAGCAUCCUGACCCUCCUAAUGGAUGCUCACAUGAGAGUCAGUGCCAUUCGUUUCUACCUCAUCAGCCUCGUCAUAUCAGACAUUCUGCAACUGUUGACAAUCCCGGUAACUCUGUAUCGGUACUACUGGGAGAGCUACCCAUGGCGCCUGGGCCAAACAGUAUGCAAAGUCUACUUUAUGAUCCGCCAAGUAUACUGUGCCACUACAAGCUGGGUUAUCAUGACCUUCACCACAGAGCGCUAUGCAGCCAUUUGCCACACCAUGUGGUCUGUCUCCAGCCUAAAGAAGUCUCGGCUGCCAUGCCUUCUUUCAGUAUGGAUCAUUUCUCUGGUCUCAGCAGUACCCUUCGCUCUGGUCUAUGACCAAGCUCGUGCCUGCAUCCUGGACUACACUGCGGCCACGCGAGAAGAUGCCUUCCAUGUUUCCACUAUGUGUGAGAUGAUCGAGCCUGAUCCUGCACACAUCUACAAAGGAGCUUUACUUCUGAGAGCAGGAAUCUUCUUUCUGAUCCCACUGGUCUCCAUCUGUACUCUCUAUCUGUUAAUCCUGCUCUACCUGAGGCGGAAUGGACGUCAAAGGAGAAACAUGGGUCUCACUCGGCCAGAUCCAGAAGGAAGAAGAGACAUUCAGUGCCAUCAGAAUGGAAAGCUACUUUUGAAUGAGAAAAGGGCUCUAAAACUAAUGGGUGCAGUUGUGGUGGCCUUUUUUGUUUGCAACUUUCCGGACAUUGCCUCGUCGCUGAUGCAGGUCUACGUAGUCGUGUGGUCGGACACUGUUCUUUCUGUCUACACAAUCUUGAAAUCAUAUUUGUCACUUCCACUGUGGUAUAUAAACGGUGCUCUGGACCCGCUGCUGUUCUGCAUUUCCUCCCACACAUUUCGCAGGGCAUGCUGGAGAACACUGGGUAGGCUCAGGCCUCGCUGCUACUUUAAGUAUGGACGUUUUUUUGGGCUGCGACAAAGAAAUUCUAGUGAAGAGGCAAGCACUACAGCCAGAGAGAGGAUUGAUGCUAAAAGCCAAAGAGAGAAGACAGACAAAAAGACAAUAACAGUCACUAACAUAUCAGUUCGGAGGAAUGGCCCCAUUCAAGAGCUGCAACAACAAGUACUCUGAACCAUUGUCUUUUUCACGCUAUGAACAAUAAAUUAAUCAUAUUAGAUGAACGUGUAAACAAAAAUAUGUUUGUUUGAUAGCCUUAUAUUAUAUAUAAUAUAUAUAUAUAUAAGUGUUGUUGAAUCUUUUUGAAAUAUUUCUAUAUCAUUUGUGGAAUGUACCCGUAUUUGGAUGUCAAGCACUCCAUUCAAUUACUGUCCAUUCGAAGGCAGCUAGAAAUAUGUGUAUACUACUUUAUUGCUUUAUAAUUUAUUAAGGUUACUGGCUAAUACGUUAAUUUCUUCAAAUUUCGAAACACUUUACUUCCUUCUAGUGUUUUAACUUUUUAUACACCCCAUUUUGGUUCUAGUUACCAGUUUUAGAUUGCAGAUUAAGACUUUUAAUACAAAACAUUAAUCAUCUCAUAAAUUACAAUAUAGUAUUAUGAAACACCCAUACCUACAGUUUUAUGAACACAUGAAUGCAUUUAUGAAAAUCCAGUAAUACGUAUGAUACUAUAUGUCAUUCUUAAAUGGACCAUAAUUAUUCCUUUUUAUAUAUAUACAGCUCCGGAAAAAAUUAAGAGGCCAUUCCAAAUGUUUCUUAUAUCUUUAUCUCUACAUGUUUGGCAGCCAUUCCAGUGUCUGUUAAAUUCCAACACAGACAAAAAUUGUCAGUAGUUUAUAGAACACAAUAAUAAUUUAAAAACAUAAUUACCUCAAAAACAUGUCUAUAAAUAAUAAAACAAGAGAAAAUAAUAAUGCUGAAGUGGUCUCUUAAUUUUUUCCGCAGCUGUAUUUGUAAGCCAAGACAUUUGUACAAAAGAAAGCUUUUAAAUGCAAUCUGCUAAUUGUUGUCCACUAUUAAUUAAUUAAAAGAUGUUAAGACUCCCUCGACCACUUCAUGUGACAUACCAAUGUUCAAAAACACAGAGG